GGUGCACAUUUUCAGGAUGUCUGAAAAUGAAAGAGAAGUCGUGCCCGGUUCAGGACUGUUCCUGGGGAUCAGUCUUCCAGAGGCUGAAGAGCUGGAUGACAAGGAGUUUAACAUCCCUGUUGUAGAGAUCCCACCUACAUUGGAGAGCAUAUUAACAGAGGAUUCUGUCAUUGAAGACAAUCUUGAUCCUUUCUUGUUGGAUGAGUUUACCUUAUCAACAGAAGAGACAGGACAAGAAGACAGCAGUACUCAACAGACUGAUGAAAGCAUUAGAAGACAGACCUCCCCUUCUCCAUGGAUCAAAGAGCCGCCCUUGCCCGAUGUCGAGCAGGAUGCAGUUUUGCGCUGUGUCACUCUCAGAGGAGUCUCUACGCAGAUCGUUUCAGCUGCGGACCGAGUGGCGGCAGGACUGCCCACUGCAGUGGCUGUCUGUGGCAUUAUAGCAAUUGGAACAUCAAAUGGUCUCUUACUGAUUUUUGACCCAGGCCAGGUUCUAAAGCUGUGUUUGGGAAGCACAGCUAUUGGUGCAGAGAAAGGCCCGAUAUCAGCACUCGCCAUUAACAGCAACUGCACUCAUGUUCUCUGUGGAUUUGCGAAUGGACAGAUUUUGCAGUGGGACCUAGAAACCGGAAAGUUGCUACGGACCAUUGCAAAUGCUAAUCCACUUGGUAAUGCAGUUGUUAAUAUCAAGUUCACAGAUGACCCCUCUCUGGCUGUGUGGAAUGACAGUGCUGGUUCUGUCUUUGAACUUCAUUUCAAGAGAUCUCUGGGGGCGAAGGCGCACGAAGUCCACUGUCUGUUCAGCAGCGACAAGGGGAAAGUCUACUGUGUGGAGCCUCUGAACGUCGGGGAGCCAUUCACAGGCCACUCUGUAGCCCAGCACUCACUGGUGGCCAUGGUGUCGCUCAGAAAGGUGUUGAUUAUUACCCUGAAACCUGACUUGAAGGUUGUUUAUGCUUCCCCGGUUGUGAAGACAGAUGCUCACUGUAUUCCCAGUCUGGCUUGGAAUUUUUUAUGGAUUCAGGAAUCAGUUGACCCUGUUUUAGCUUUUUGCCAAAGUUCCUGUAUGACAAUGUUUCAUGUAAAGUGUACAAGUGAAACAUUGUCAGUUGUCAAAAUAAGAGAAAUAAAGCUUCACUUUGAAAUUAUUAAUUUUAAGUGGAUGAAUACGCAAACGCUCCUUCUCAUUGAUUCUGUGGAGAAGCUGCACGUUCUAGACAGGAAGAGUGGGAAAGAGCUACAGCUGCUGGACCUGCCUGACCUGCAGCUCGUACACACCUGUUCACCAUCCAAAGAUUGGGCUGUUGGGACAGAUGCUACAACGGUUAACAAGAUCACCUAUCAGUCAGUGGGCAGUCACGGAGGAGAAACAAUUUUGCUGGGGGUCAAGUCUGUGCGAACUGUCUCGCUGAGAACCUGGGCAGAGAGGCUCGACUCCCUGGUGAAGCAGGAGCGGCAUGCAGAGGCCUUGGCGCUGGCAUGGAAGUUCUCGGAAGGAAGUGCCAAAGCUGUUGUUGGUCUUCCUGGGGGCAAACAGAAAAAGAAAGCUGCGGUGGCCAAGAAGGUGGCUGACAUACUGCUGGACUACCUGGAACUGUGUCUGAGGAGAUGCCCUGAGCAAGGCAAACUCCAGGUCAUGGAGCAGCACUUCAAGGAGAUGAUUCCUCUCUGUGCUACUUGCUGUUUUAAAUUCAACAGAAUUGAUUUGAUUUUUGGGGAGGUAUAUGAAAAACUGAACCACAAUGCUGUUGCCCUGGGGGUCCUGUUUGAGUGCCUGGAGCCACAUAUCCUGAGCAGCAAACAGAAUAACAUACCACCACUGGUCAUGAAAGACAUGGUUGGGUACUAUGAGGAGCAGGGGAAGGUGCAUGUCCUGGACAAACUCAUACCACACCUGGAUAUCAUGACCUUGGAUCUGCAUCAAAUUGUUAAUUUAUCAAGAACGUUCAAACUGUGCGAUUCUCUCAUCUAUGUUUAUAACAAAGGAAUGAAUGACUACACAACUCCCAUUGAGGAAAUGACUCAAAUUAUGUCAGUUGCUCUUCGAAGCGAGAAACCAGAUGAUAUUGUGUCUGUGGGCAACACGAUUCUGGUCUACAUAAGUUGCUGCUUGACUGGUAGAGAAUAUCCUCUUGGUGUUGUACCUGAAACCAAGGUUCAGGAUGUGAAGAGCAAGGUGUUCAUGUGUCUUACAAGUGUACAUUCCAAAGACAUUGACCCAGUGGAAGACCCUUACCCAUUCAUCCGCAUUCUUCUCAAGUAUAAUACUCGAGAAUUCCUCAAUGUUUUGGCGCUGACAUUUGAAGAUCUGCAGCAGGAUAAGCAAGCAGUUGAGUUUCACCAAAGAAUUAUAGACAUCUUACUCCAGGUAAUGCUGGAGAGUGCCGACUUCACUCCAUCCCAGAUUGGCAGUCUCUUCACUUUUUUGGCACGACAGUUAGCCAAAGCAGAGAACAGCCUCUUUGUGAACAGGCGUCUGUUUCACCAGGUCCUUGAUUUUCUCUGCAAUCCAGAUGACACCACACAACAUGCAGAAAGACAGCAGGCCUUACUGGAGCUUUUGCAGGCAGGGGGUUCCGCUUAUUUUGAUGAAAGCAAGCUUUUGUCUAUGGCCGAGUCUGUACAAUUCUACCAGGUGUGUGAGUUUGUAUUUCACGAAAAGCGUCUUUAUCACAGAAUUUUGGCUUGCUACCUAAAGGAUGCUGCAAGAAAGGAUCAAGUACUUAGUUACAUACGUCAGAUUGCAGCACGUGCUGACCUCACAGAGAAGGAAAAAGUGUUGUUUCAAAAUGAGUUGUUCUGCAACAUACAGGAACUCCUGGAACUGAGCCCAGACCAGACGUCUGUGUUAAUACUGCGGCACUAUCAAGACAGUGUUCCCAUCAUCAUAGAAACCUUGCAAGAGGAUUCUAGGUUACUUUUUGACUUCCUUCAUGGAGUAUUGAACCCCAGAGCAGAUCCCUGGCCUUAUAAAGACUCAAGUCUCCUAAACCACAAGGUGCAUGAGCUGUACUUAGACCUGUUGUGCCAGAACCAUCCAGAACAAGCCCUGCUUUUCCUCAAACUCUCAGACUCGUACAGGACUGAGCAGGCAGCAGAGAUUGUCCACAAAUACAAAGUUUAUGAUUCACUGGCAUACCUACUGGAGAGCCAAGGAAAUACACAGGCAGCUUUUUCAGUUCUCUUUGAGGACCUGAAAUCAAGCCUCAACAAUUUGACACAGUCUGCCACAUGUGCUGAAACAAGCACAGAGAGCCACAGUGAAGAGUCUGGAUUGCUGUCCACAGCUCACACAUUAGUGCAGAACCUUAUUGCUUUCUGUCAGCGGGCAUCUGUUACUCUGGAUAUCAAACAGAGAAAGGAGUUAUGGUUUCCCAUUUUAGACUUUACGAUGUCACCAACACUGCACUUGAUGUCGAAACCUCCACUUGCAUUUGUUAGAGGUAUCAAAGAUCUGACUAAAGAAGUUUUGGAAGCAAUGACUUCAUACAUUCCUCUUAUGGAUAUUCUACAAAAGCUUAUGCAGGAUACAGUUCACACCUUUAAUAAUUAUGGAGAAAUAAGGACCCUAAUCUUUAAGAUGUUUGAUGCUUACACUUAUGAGAAAACCCUGUUGGAGACAACCAGAAGCCUCCUGAGCCAAGAUCUCCAUUCGUCACUAUGUAGCCUGAAGAUCACAGUUAGCCGCGGCCUGACUCCCGCACACAAGAAGUGCGCAGUGUGUUCACAGCCCUACAGUCAUGGAGCAGCUGGGUCCGGGGUGCUUGUUUUCAGUUGUGGGCAUGUGUAUCACUCAGCGUGUCUGCAGAGCAGUCUGCGGGAACAGGAGGGAUGGACAGAGCAGUGGGCCUGCUUCAAGUGCCUGUCUCCUAACAAGAGGUGGACUUCCAUCACACCUGGGAGUGUGAACCAAGGCUCCCAGUGCUUUAAAAUGGAUCCAGGACAAAUCGAAGCAGCUGACUGUUUUAAAAGAACAUUUAAGAAUCCUUCAAGGAUUUCCGUCUUGAUGGAGCUCACAAGGCAUACCUCGGCCAGCCUGGAUUCUUUUAAGCCAGAGGCUGACAUCUUUAGACAAUCUGGAAUCUUUGAGCAGCCAGACUUUAAGCUUCAAUUGGCACCACCACCACUAAUAGAGUAAUGACAAAAUGUUUAGAAUAAGGAUGGCUAUAUUUAUAGGAAUUUAAGAUCAUUUCUUUUUGUAGCAAUAUAUUAAAAACAUUACUUAAUUUAAAUUUUGAAACUCACUGUACACCGUUUUUAAAAUUGAAGAGCUAUAACAGUUUUUUAUAUAAUAUAUAGUAUAUACUGUUCAUCAUUUCUGUUUAAUACACAAUAUUGCAAAUGUAUACCCACGUUCAGUAAUAUUACUUAUGUAUGUUAAAAACAUAACAAAAGAAAAGAAUGCUGCUGUUUUCCCUAUCAAAGAAGGGAGUAAAGGAAUUUCAUGUAAAAUGUCUGACUUGCUCUUAAGGGGAAUUUGUAUUUCUUUAUGCAAAAAAAUAAAUAUAGCAAACAAUGAUUUAAAACUUUCUAGAAGUACAAAUAGCCAUAGUUAAAAGAGCUUGAGCUGUUAAUUUUCCUAAUAGUUGCUGUAGACUACACAGCAUGACAUACAGUAAUACAAAUAAAUGGGAGAGAACAUUUUGUGAAUGUCUAUUGAGCAUAAUAUCUUAUUAACACUGAUGGAUAUCUAUUGAGUGCAACUUACUAUCAUUUUCACUCUAUUAAGUCUGGCAUUAAUUCCUUACUAGAUAUCUUGUGUUAGGGAUAACUCCAAUAUUUGAGGACUGCAAGGUUUUUGAAUUUCCAUUUAAUGUCUGAUAUUAAUAAAGUGAACUAAUUUUUUUAAUUAAAGGUUAAGUUUCUUGUUUUUACAUCUUAUUUGGUAAAUAUACCUAAAAACCAUAAUACUAAAUACUUUGAUUAUUAAAGGUUGAAGUUACCCUUUCCUGAUCUAGGGUAAUUUAUAGUUAAUGUACUGUAGAUCAGGUGGGCUACCAUUGUGUUGCAUGUACUGUACCAAAGCAUUUUGUUUUACUUAUUUAGCAAAUGUUAAGACCCUGUAAUUGGAAAAAGCAAUUAGACAUGAAUGGAUGAUUGAGUAUUUUGACUUUCUUUCUGUAGCAGGUAUAGGUUAACAGCUUACUUCUGUGUCUGCUAAAGAAGAAGGAAUGUAAUUGUGUCUUAUCUACUGUAGUAUGUUGGCCAUGCUCAUUCGUGUUCAUUUGCUUAAGCACUUUGGUCCAGUAUUAGGAAUAAUUUUGUUUAGUUUCUGUUUUGUUUAGCUUUUCACAUUUAUUGAGGAAUUAAUACACAUCUGAAGGAUCUCUUGUUAUAUGCCAUGUUACACUGAGCAUAGAUGCAUACAAUAUACAGAAAGAAAAAUUAGAUGCAUACAGUAGAUAGACAUUUAUCCACAAAAUAAAAUAGUGUGGUAUAAUGUGUAGUGAAUAGAUUACAAUGAUUUUUGCUAAAUUUUUCCAUCAAUUUAUAGUUCUCGACAUCCUGUACAUAUGCAGAAAUCCAUUUUAUAUCAUUGUCAGUGUUUGCUGUAACCUAGAACAGUAUUUUCCACAAAAGUGACAUUUUUCAAUACUUGAGCCCAGUCCUUUAUAUUAAAAGGCAAUUACUUUUAUUGUUCUGAA